AACAAAUCCUUUAGAGAGGGUAAAGGCAGCUGAGAAAGAAUCAUUUUGCUCUGCACGGUAGGUGGGAUCUGUUGAAAAGAAAGAAAAAGCAAGGGGAUUGGGGCCCUAGGGUUCAGUGCAGUUCACGCGAUGGCUCAGAUGGCAGCCUACUCAGUGUUGCUACUCCUGAUGGUCUUGUUGGGACCCUUGCCGGCCUUCACCCAGAGGGAAUCCCGUCAUGACAAAUUCCUCCGGCAGCACAUUGACUACCCAAAGACGGGCAGCGACGUGGAUGCUCGGCGUUAUUGCAACCUAAUGAUGCAGAGAAGGGGAAUGACCAACAAUGUUUGCAAACCCAGCAACACCUUCAUCCAUGGGCACCACAUGGCUGUGUAUGGCAUCUGCAGUAAUGAAGGGACCUACUACAGUGGGAAUUACUAUGACAGCAACACACCCUUUGACAUCACUAGUUGUCGCCUUGUUGGGGGAGGCUCCCAGAGGCCCCCCUGUAACUACAGAGGCAGGCUCAGUUUCCAGCGUGUUCGGGUAGCUUGCAUUAACGGAGAGCCAGUUCACUUCCAGAUGCCUCUUUAGGUGUUUUGUGGAAACGUUGCUUACUAGUGGUGUCAGCUUUGGAUUAAAUCGCUUGAAUCCAUUUUUGGAAUCCAGCAGAAUGAAAGCUUCCAUUUCCCAUUAGUGCACUUACGUAUAUCAGCAUCAAUUUGCUUUUGCAAAUGUUGCAGCGUGCUCUCUCUAAUGCCUCCUCUCCCAAUCUUUCUCUCUUACUCCUUAGGCUUGUAUUUUGAUGAAAUGUAUGCCAUCUAGUGGCUAUCAAUAAAUAUAACCACCUUUUCCUAUCCUUGUGUUUCAACAUCUUCCCCCAAACAGCCCUUUCUCUCUUUUGUAGCAGUUGUUCACCCUUCUUAAUUCUUGCUGUGUUCCCUCGUUCCAGGGACAGUAGUUCUGUGUCAGGAAAGAGCUAGGGGUCUGUCAUUCUCAACUCUCACAACAAACUACAGUUCCCAGGAUUCUUUGUGGGAAGCCAUGCCGUUUAAAGUAGUAUACACUCCAAAUAGGUUGUAAUGCUAGAAAACGUUGCAUGGCCACCCUUUUCAAUAUUAGACUGUUCUUUGCAGAGCUUGGAAAAGUUACUUUAUUGAACUACAAUUCCCAUCAGCCCAAUCAAGUGGCCAUGCUGGCUGGGGCUGGUGGGAGUUGUAGUUCAAAAAAGUAACUUUUCCAAGUUCUGGUUCUUUGCUACCCCUAUUAGUGUGAUGUGAUGCAGUGGCGUUCCCCAGCAACAGAUACUUUUUAAGUUCAUGAAGAAAUGGAGAUCAACUGAAUUUCUCAGAGUACAUGCCCUGGAUUAACGUUGUUCUGUUUAGCUCUGAUAAACUGGAGGGUUGUAUAACUGUGAAAGCCCCAGGGAUUUGUAUUUCUGCAACUAAAUCUCCUUGGAUCUAUCUGUGAUUUGUGUCAACGUCUUGGCUCAAAAUCUAAUAUGAUAACACAGCUAUUGUUAUUCCUGGGAGGAAUGGAAAAUGCCAAUAUGGAAAAUGUCCCUUCCCCCCCUCAGGCUUAGAACUAGAACUGUGACUGUAUGGUCUUCUCUUGCAGUUUCAUGCAAUAAAAUAUUAAUGUAAGCAUGUAGAAUGCUGCUGUUGGUAUCUGCAGCUUGUGCAAAAUGCAGCGGCCAGAUUGGUAACAGCGACCAGACGGUCCGAACAUAUAAAACCAAUUCUGGCCCGCUUGCACUGGCUGCCUUUAUGUUUCCGAGCUCGAUUCAAGGUGCUGGUAUUGACCUAUAAAGCCUUACACGGCUUGGGACCACAAUACCUGAUGGAACCCCUCUCCCGAUACGAACCCACCCGUACACUACGUUCAAGAUCAAAGGCCCUCCUCCGGGUGCCUACUCCAAGGGAAGCUCAGAGAAUGGCAACAUGGGAGACGGCCUUCUCAGUGGUGGCCCCUAAAUUAUGGAAUGAUCUUCCUGAUGAGGUGUGCCUGGCGCCAACACUGUUAUCUUUUCGGCGCCAGAUCAAGACUUUUCUCUUCUCCCAGGCAUUUUAGCAUGUGUUCUAUAUUGUUUUAAAUUUUUAAAUUGUGUUUUAAAUUGUUUUUUAAAAGAUAUAUUUUAAAUUGUAUUUGUUUGUAGUUAUUGUAAACCGCCCAGAGAGCUUCGGCAAUGGGGAGGUAUACAAGUUUAAUAAAUAAAUAAAUAAAAUCUGCAACAAAA